CUCCACGUCAAUUUCGACACUGUGAUGGAAAUGUCAUCGAAGAAAUGUUCGAAACUAACGGUUAAUAUCAUUGUUUGCAUUUUGCAGAAUGAUUACUUUGCAGACAGGUUAACAGAUUUGUGAAAAUGUCAGAAUUGCAUUUCAACUUAAAAGUACUGUGAUGGGACAGAUUCUGAAGAGGUUACAAGAGCUAGAUCCAGUCUGCAGAGGGUUAGGCGGUACUUCCAGCUCACAGAACAGCAAUGGCUUCCCCGACCUCUCUCAGCUACCCCCAGAACUGGGACUGGCCAUCCUGUCUCACCUCAACCCCACCGAUCUGUGUCUGGCAGCGUGUGUCUGGCAGAAUCUGGCCAACGAUGAACUGCUCUGGCACGAUUUGUGCAAGAGUGUUUGGGGUUAUGUGAGCGUCUAUUCACACUGUCGCCAUGCCAUAGGAUUUUCAUACCGCCGUAUGUUUCUGCAGUUAGACGAGGCAUCUCUUACGUUCAACGGAGAUCCCUUUGAAGGUGUGGAGUACCUAAUCCAUUAUGAGCUUGUGGAUGAUGAGCCUUUGGAAAUUGCUAAAUUUCUUCACACUGCCAAGAAUCUAUUGCCAGAGAAAAAAAGAGAAUUUCUAGACAGAAGAAGAGAUGUUCUUGCCCACCUAUUAAAAUUACAGAACUUUGAGAGAAUGUUUUUGCCGAAUGCUCUGCGUCAGUUCUUUGCGGAGAUUUCGGCACCCAAUGACAGGGAUGGGUUUCUUGCUGAAGUAAUUGAUCGAUUUUCUGAUCAGUUUACGUCAUGUAACCCCAGUCUUGGUCUUAGCAAGGAUGCUGUGUUUCUGCUGUGUUACUCUCUCAUCAUGCUGUCCGUCGAUCUAUCCUCACCUCACGUCAAAAACAAGAUGUCGAAGCGAGAAUUCAUCAAAAACACCUGUCGAGCCACCGCAGAAGUCAGUAACGACCUGGCAGGUCAUCUCUAUGACAACAUAUACCUUAUUGGCCAUGUUGCCCCUCAAACAUCAUGACAUAAAAUGUACCAGUGUUUUGGUACAUUCUAGGGGGCCAAUUUCAGUUAUCGACAUUUUCACAAAUGUAAGAACCAAAUGCUAAGUGGUGGGAUGGAGGAAGGGGGUGGGGGGUCAUUGUCAACAUAUGUUUUUAAAACAACAAGAAUCGGAAUGAAAAUAUUCGUUAUAGAUUAUCUUUUUGAACAUAUGCUUUUAGUAGGGGAGGGUUACUAAGAAUGAGUAAGGAUAGUGUGUUUGUGAAAAUGUUGAUAAUUGUGAACGGCUCCUAAGCUGUUAAAACUGUUGAACAGUCUUGGGACACAGAAUUAUUUUAACACAGAAAUUAAUCAUAUCUUACAGGAUUAAUCGGAAGCAAAUACAUAUUACAAAUGUAGUUGGAUUUUGAUAGUAAACUAACUUACUAACGUACUUAACUUGAGUGAACAUUGCAAAGCUGAUUAGUGUGUUACCCUGAACUGUGGGAUUGAUGAAAGUUAUUCAUUGUCACGGGAAGUUUCCUUAGACCAGCAGUAGCUUUGUGAAUGUUUUAUGUUUAAGCAUUGCAAUUCUUGCAUUUCCACGUUGCUUGCUUUAACCUGAAUGACUUGGUGACAAAUCACCCAUAUCACUGUCCUUUUUUUUUUUCGUCUUUUUUUUUCAUUGCUUAAAGUUGGGUUCUUAUGUAUCUGCAUCCUCUAACUACUAAACUACUGUCAUUACACUGAAGUGAAAGUUUUGUUUUGUUUAAGGACACCACUAGAGCACAUUAAUUAUUCAUUAGCUGCUGGAUGUUACACAUUUGAUAAUUCUGACACACUGUCUUCAGAGAAAACCCACUACAUUUUUCUGUUAGCAAUAAGGUAUCUUUUUACAGUGGCGUAGGAAGGUACCAAAACAUUGGGGGUAACACACACA